GAAAGAUCAGAGGAAGGUGCAAAGUGCACUGCUGUACGACUGAUCGCAGAGAUGCACCACGUAUCCUCCACCCACACACACUGACAUCACACACACCAGUGACGGUGGAGUCAGUACCUCCAUGUCGCCUCUGCCAUUUUGAGCUCGUGCUGCCGUCCUCGUGUUCAUCUCGAGUGUAAACUUCUUCCACUGAGUGCUGGACAAUGACUCGUCUUUCUCUCUCUCUACUGGUGCUGCUGUCGCUGGUGACUCUGUGUGUGUCGUCUGAAGAAGACAAAGCUCCUGACAUCGUAGAAGUCUUCUACAAACAGAACACCAUCGAUGCUCCGAGUGGCUCCUCGGUCACACUCUCAUGUGAGGCACGUUAUUUCUCAAAUCAGUGCGGUCUCCUGCAUGCAACAUGGUAUCGGGAAAGUACUGAGCUGACUGACCCCAGGAAGUACCUGACAACAGUGAGCGAGACGGUCGUCAAUGACACGAGACGCAGAAAGGUCGUGACAGAGAUUCUCAACCUGGCGCCAGAGGACAGCGGUCAAUAUCAAUGCAAGGCUGAAUGCAAUAGCGGAGCAGACUCUGCAAUGGGACACUUCAUCACUGUCAAUGUUAAAGGUUGAUCAUCUGAGUCGUCUCUGUCCAAUCCAGAGCAUCUUGAGACAAACCUCAUCGUUGUUCCUGUUUUAAGAGAACUCAAUAAACUGAACAAAGAUGGCGUUUAUUGCAAAUGUUUACUGCAGGUAUAUUUUUGACUUUUUAUGUUCCAUCAUCUGUUGUAAUUUCUUUAGUGGCUUUUGCUCAAAUCACUUAAAAUCAUCACUGGGAACUGAGAGGGUGGCUGAUGAUAUACACCUGGGCAGCAAAACAGAAUCCUUUCAAACAUCCGACAUUUUGUUCUUUAUGUUUGAAGUUGUGAUGUUGAAUUUGUUCGUACAUUAACUAUUUGAUAUUGUGUCGUUUUCACAGUGCUGUUCUUUUUUUCCUUUGGCAACUAAUCACAUUUUAUAUGGAAUACAAGUUUUUCUCAAAUAAGACUUUGUGUUCUUGUAUGUUUUUUUUUAUCUCACCUGCACAUGAAUUUUACUUUCAUUUACAUUUUUUCUGUCCGACGUUUCGUUUACAAAAGAUGCAAAUACAAUAAAAUAACCUGCACACGUUUAUCUAAAGUGGCUGACAAAGGAAGGAACUCAAACCUGACUGUGUUUUGGAGUCAAAAGCAGCUGCAGCUACCAGCAGCUCAAGUUAGUAUCAAGGCUGCAACUUGUCUUCAGCACACUGAGCAGUCCUCGUUCUGUCAGUUUCAGUUUCAGUCAGGUUUCUGAGGCUGAACGACCCCAACUAGAGAAAACAAGCCACAUCUGUAAAAGUAACAGCAGUGACAAUGAGCCUGAACUACUGUAUGUGGUGAUUUACAACACAGGCAGGUUCAGCCACAAAAACUGUUUGGAUUUUGGAUUGUUGCUUUUUUUUUUUUGUUCUUUGCACACAUCAUUUCAUUCAACACAUGAACUUCAACUGCAGCUGCUGAAAAGCCGCAAUAACUGAGACUGUAGCUGUGGUGAGUUGCAGAUUUUAUUCCACUUCAACAUGCGAUUUGUUUUUCAUCACAGCAGUGGAGAGCUGCAAGAGCCAGGCCAAACCACAGGACAGGAAACUGCAUCGGUUAGAGUGCUUCACUUCAAAACCCAGUUUACAGCAACAUGCACGCUCAGGUCCAAGAGGAAAACCACACAGCAUGUACUGUAGUUCAUUGUUCAGGGUCUUUUAAAUGUGUAAAAGAGACGUCGGAGUACUGGUUUUCUCUUUCAGCCUCACUAAAGAGAACUUUGUGUUUAAUCACACUUAAACUAAAAUAUCAAAUGACUUUUCUAAGUGAGUGGUCCUGUCAGCUCACCGCUUGUUGUGUUCUCUCUCUGUGGUAUUUUCACACCUUUUCAUUUUCAUUUGUGCGUUUGUGCUCAAGGUUUCAUGCCGGUGGUUAACAGAGGGUGACACAUUCAGAGAACAGGAAGCCAUAUUGAGAGCACGUUGCAAGAGUUUCAGCAUGCAGCCUUGACCAAUUCACACCACAGUGGGCGCAUUUAGCAGUACCAGUUACGUACCACGCAUGUCUGAAAUGCUGGAAUUGGCACCAGUGAGUCUACGCACUGAUUCAAUACUACAUGAUUUAGUUAUUAUAAACGGGACGCUGCUACUUCCCAGGACUGUCUAUUACAGCCGUUACAAACAUUAUAUAUCUAAUGGAUCUCUGUUCCAGUCAAUCAAAUCUCACUUUCUGUCAUGAAAAAAAGUAAAACUCAUUAAAGCAAAUCAUUAGGCAUCAGAGUGAAAAGUCUUUUUGGUAUCAGCCUCUGAAGCUGUUUCAUGACUCUUAUUUUCUCACAUACUGACCAGGAGUUUGUGAACAACCAUCAUGAUUGUCUUGUGAGCAAACCUGAGCCUGUAUACACCUUGACAGUGACAGUAAGUAAUGCUGGGUGUAGUUGAUGUUUUGUUUCCUCGACACUAUAA